GUGGGUGUGUGACACUGUAGAGUCACCAAGCGUGUGAAACAAAACUGUCACAUUAUUUUUCGCUGUGGACGCUGACUUACACUCAACUAAAAUGUCGUUCGCAGGACUGAAGAAACAGUUUAAUAAAGCAAAUCAGUAUAUGAGUGAAAAGAUCGGUGGUGCUAAAGGGACAGAGCUUGAUGAUGAAUUCAUUGAAAUGGAAAGGAAAACAGAUGUUAUGGGAAAGCUUGUGGAUGAGGUUAUGAUAAAAACACAUGAAUUUCUUCAGCCAAAUCCAGCUUCCAGAGCCAAAUUGGUGGCCGUCAAUUCAAUAUCCAAGCUUAGAGGUCAGUCCAAGCACACCAUGUACCCCCAGCCAGAGGGGACUCUUGGGGAAACCAUGCUCAAGUACGGCAAGGAGUUGGGCGAGGAAACACCAUUUGGCUCUAGUCUGGUUGAAGCUGGAGAGGCAUUCAAACAGCUGGGAGAAUCCAAGUAUGCCCUUGAAUUUGCCGUCAAGCAGAACUUCCUUGAUCCUCUUGACCAGUUACAAAACAAGGAUUUAAAGGAAGUAAACCAUCAUAGGAAGAAACUCUCUGGCAGGAGACUGGACUAUGAUUGUAAACGUAGGAAGAAAGAAAAAGGUUCCAAUGUUGGUGAAGAAGAAAUCCGUAUUUCAGAAGAAAAAUUUGAAGAAUCUAAAGAAUUGACAGAAACAGCAAUGCAUAAUUUAUUGGAAAAUGAUGUAGAGCAAGUCGCCCAAUUGAUUUCCUUCAUUCAGUCCCAGAUGGAUUAUCAUCGUCAAGCGGCUGAUGUCCUUUCCUCACUAAUGGACACCCUGGAAGACAAACGUAAUGAGGCUGCCAGCAAACCUAGGACCCUGCACAUUCCCAAGCGGGUGUCGUCCGGCAGGAGGAGCGCGUCACCGUCACCGAUGUACGACAACGACUCUGACACGGGCAGCUACACAUUCACCUCUAACAAUCCUCCCUCCUACUCCACAGGCACUUUUGAUUUCACCGAUUUUGGAGCUCCCAAUAAUUCCAAUAGACAGAAAGCUUGCUGCAAGGCACUGUACGAUUUCGAACCAGAAAACGAGGGUGAGUUGGGUUUCAAAGAAGGUGACAUCCUGACACUGACAAGCCGUAUAGACGAGAACUGGUUCGAGGGAUCCAUCAAUGGCGUCAGCGGUUUCUUCCCCCAGAACUACGUUGAGGUCCUGGUGGAUUUGUAACAGACUUGUUGAUUGGUCACCGGUGACAUGUGCCGAUGGUUGUACUAUGUGUGAUAGUAAAGACAAGAAGUAGAGGGGGAGCAAACAGUGCGUAUGUUUCAAGUUGUAUCUUUUCAGUCUGACAUUGAAUCGCACAGUGCAAUCAUAUGACACAGCUUUGUGUUAAUAUACACAUGUGAGUGUGUGAGUGCUAACCAUGCAGGUAACAUCAUCAAACAGUCUGAAAGACAAAAAGGGAAAUCAAAAAUGUCAAUAUCUGUGGUUUCGUUUUAGCAGUAUUUUAUGCCUUUGAUCAUAAACUUUGAGUCUAGCAUACGUACUCAACACAAGCAACACAUUGUGGGUUUGUUUAGAUUGAAAAUUUGCAAUUCGAAACAAAAACGUUGAAAGUUGUUCUCCCUGGUAAGUUACAAUUGUGAAUUCACUGCUGAACAGCACUUUACCCCUACUGUGGUCUUGCAGGCCUACAGUCCAUAAACUCAGUGGAAGUAGGAGUAGAAAAUUUAGGCGUUCAAAAAAAUUUGUUUUCAGCUAUAAAAAAAAAAUCUGGAUUACUUAAGGCAGGUAUGUUACAAUUCUACAGCAGCACAAAAUGGAAAAAAAAGAAAGAAGAAAAAAAAAAAAAUGUGGUCAGUAGCCUGCAGAGUUGUUCCCCCUGGUCGUCACGCAUUCAGUUUUAGUACUGAGCUUAUGGAGUGUAAGCUUGCUUGUCACGAAUAUAUAAUGAGAAAGAUAGUACAGGCGUAGGUCAACAUUGUCUAAUUUGAACGACUCUCAUAGUCAAUUGUUAAAAUUAUUCAUAAAUCCAAACUUUAUCAACAUGGAUUUGUUGCAGUGUGUAGUUAGAACUGCGAAAGUUGAAGUUACAGUGUUGGAUUUUGAUAAACACAUGAAUUUGUUAUGAAUUCUGGGGGUAACAGGAAAACUCCACAUGUUAGAAUAUCUGUUGUCAAAUGAAAAAUUAAAACCAAAAAGAAAUGAAAUGGCAAAUAAACCUUCACCCAAACACACUGGCAACAGAGUAUUGGCUUGGAAGGCAAUUAUCAAAUUAAUUCUAAAAUUAUUGGGGCCAAUUUGCUCAAUAAGUGAUUGUUUCUGCUUUAUAGACUGCUGUUUAAACACUUGUGUUGGGGUUUGCCGAGGUGAAAGUAAUAUCCUUACAGUUCCAAAAUUCUUUGACCUGUUUGUAAGAUACAUACACAUGUACUUGACAUUAUUGUACUCCAGUUUUUUUUUCUUUUUUUGAUUUUUGGUGUGAAAUUGAAAUUGUCAGAUAGACUUUUUUGUAUUGUUUUUGACUUCAUCUGCUGAUACCUAUGUGCUGUAAAUAUAACUGGCCACUGAAAUUCAUUGGAUUUUGAAUUUAUGGUCUAGUAAAACCAUUCAUUAGCUCAUAGAAUCAUCACUGUAGAUAGUUGAACAUUUCGAGAGUUUGGUUUGUCUCCGCGUGCUAACAAUAAUCUAUUUUAUUUUUCUGUAUAGUUUCUUUUAUGUCUUCUUUACAAUUGUUCAUUUUUCAUUUCUAACGUGUGUUGCAAAACAAAGUUUGCCUUUAGCCUAUGGUUUCUGUUGGAUGUUGUUUGUCAGAUUUAUGUGUUCAAGGAAAUAAUGAAGAUUACUUAUACAUGCACUUCAAAUUUGCUAUGUGUUUAAAUUUAAAUGGUACUACACUGUUGGCUUUGCCAUUAGGAGAAUUAAGUUGAUUUUAUUGCUUUAAAUUGCCAGUUACGUUCAUUGAUAUAUUGUCGUAUUUGUUGUUAUAAGAUACAAUUGGAAUUGUGCCAAUGCAUGGCAAACUAAUUUCUUGUGAAACAGAGCAGUUAUCAUCAAUUCCGAAAUCAUUCCGAUUUUCACAUUUCUCGUACUCCACAGUUGUUCAUUAUUGCAGUUAUCGUGCCAAUCUAUGCUUUAUUUGUUGUCCCAGUUCAGUUGUGUAAGUCCGUUUUUUUUAUCUGUUGACUUUACCUUACAUUGCAACAGGGUAUGCAUGUAUUUGAAAACCAUAGGGGCGUCUGGUACAUUUUGUGUAUUUUUAUGUACAUAAAGAUGAUACUUUAAAAUUCUUAAGUAAAGUUCUUAUGCGUACCUUUCCAAACAUGAUUUACUCGAUAAAGCUGUGGUACUAUUUUCUUGUAUAAAGCUGUUGCAUAGUUCCAUGACAAAGUUAAGUUUUUUAGGAACUGGGUAAACUAUAUUGUUGAAGGGAAAAUAAAAUUGAAGAAAUAGUGGGGGGUAACUAGACAGCUAUGAAAAAUUGUUAGUGUUAAAACCGCCGUUAAAGUGUAAGAAACUAAGAUUGACACAUGCGACUAAAUUACUGCCUUUAAACAGUGCUCAUUGUGUUCCCUUUGAUGCCAAUUAUGUUUGUUUGUUUGUAUGUAUGUAUGGUGUACAUGUAGUAUGGUGUUUGUGAAAAUCACUUAUGCAAUGCACUGCUCUGUCAGAUGCACUUUGUCUGGCAGUUUCAUUUCCGACUUUCACUUUCAGUAUUGUUCUUUGAGGGCAGGUAAUCCACUGAUUGCCACUUUUGUAUAUCCAUUGGUGUGAAACUUUUUACUGUAAUUCAUUUAAUCAUAGAUUCAUGCAUUCACCAAGUUUUUGCUUGUAAGUGUAAAUUUUGAAACCACAUCAUUUUCAUUACUUACAGUUAUUAUUUUUCAUAAGUUCCUGGUGACAAGGUGCAUUCAUGCAUACAUGAACGACAGCAGUCUAAACUGUGCAUGCAUGUACGCAGAUGGGUGUUUCUCAGAGAUGUACAUGUAUCUUUGGUAGCUAGCUAGCUUCAACAGGGGUUUAGUAAGGUCAUAUCUUCAGUUACCAGGAUAAGUUGCAUAUUAUACUAGAUGCAGUUCUGUUCCUCACCUGAUGAAAUUACAAAGCUGGUCUACAAUAACUUACUAACCUCAGUCCAUCUUACAUGUGAUUUUUAUGCCUCAACUCUUUAAAUCUGCUGUUGAACUAAUCCUAUUGAAACUUGUUAUGACAACUUACAUGUAUAGAAUCAUGACAGCCAAUAACAGCUUUGUCAUACCUGCGAUACAGUAUGUUGUUGAUGUUCUGGCUCCGGCUUCUUGAAACUUCUUAAGUUAUUUUGCUGAAGCAAAAGUGUUUUGCUUAAGCAACAUAAUACUAUACUUAGGAAGCAUUUGACUUAAGAUUUGUCGAGAAACACUCCAUCCUGGACUGAGGCCAAAAAAACUCUGACUUAGGCAAUUUACUGGGGCCAGUUCAGUUAUUAAAGCCAGAAUUAGACAUGCUUAACGCAAUCCAAGGUAGGCAGCAGAUUCAAACAUGCAGAUGUCAACUGUUGAAAAUGUUUACCUUAAGAGUGCUUCUGAACUCAUUGAUUCAGUUGAUGUGAAACCUAGGCCAACAACAUAAUUAAUAUUUACAUCAUACAUGUAAGUGGAAUAUGGGUCUAUAAUAUUGAUAACACCUUAUGUCAAGAGAAAAACCCAUGCCAGAUCUAUAUUUCCCUUCCCUCAGGCUCUGCCCGUUUUCCUCCCACCAUGACACUGGCCAUGGUGGGAGGACAGUACAAGUGAAUUGUUCUAUAACAGUACAAGUGAAUUGUUCUUGGCAGAGUAUGGCGUAAAACACCAAUUAAAUAACAAAAUAAAUAAAUAAAUAAAUCUGUACUACCCUGCACAAGAUACGCAGCCCACAAUUUCAUCACAACCUUGUUUUUAUGAGAACGGGGUAUAGUACAAUCAUCAAAAGAAAUGUUUAUGAAUUAACUUACAAUACACACUUAAAAUGAUAUCAGCAGUGAAUGGAGCAUGAAUGGGUUUACACUUUUGAUGUAACUUCAUUUAGAUAUGCCAGAUAGUCUACAGAUGUCAUCAAAUCUAAAUUUUUGUUUCCACUAACGAUUUAUUGAACACAUAUUUUAUUGAGAAGAAUUUUGUAGCUAAAGACAGUUCUAUUUCGUAUGCCAUUUGUCAGGGUGUGUAGGUAACACCUGGCUAUAAACGGUUUCAUGUUGACUGGGCUUGUUGCCAACUUUAAAUUAAAUUUUUUAUUUUGAAAUAUAAAAGAAAUAGAGAUAUUUUUUUUCUUUGGUAUCAGGGUGGAUCUCUGUUGAAAAACAUAUCGCUUUGUGCUAUUUUUGUUGAAAAUUUACAUUAAUUUGGCACAUACUAGUUCAGCCUGGUAUUGCAGCGCAGACUGGAGAUUUUCAGUUAAGGUCAAAACACAUUUCUUAUACCAGUAGAAUUUUAAGAAGGCAUCUUAAAUUUUAUUUUACAUAUAGCCCAGAGUGAUAAGUUCAGCACAUGUAAUAUAGAUGAAAUUAUUCGUUACAGUCAUGGAUGUAUAUGAAGUAUUAUAUUUAACGAGAAAUUUAAAAUGGUUCACAAGAGUUUCUGGUCGUUUCUAUACAAUCAGCAUUCUGCUAGCAUAGCUAUACGACCAUCAGGGCCAGAAAUAAGUGAAGCGCUGGAAGACCUACAGGUAGACCUACAGGUAGACCUAGAUGUACAUGUAGUGCUUCAACAGGGAUUCUUAGUCCAUUGAAAUUUCCCUGGUAUGGAACUUGAAACGAUGGCCAGGCAGUGAAACAUACAACAUGUAAAAGCAGAAAAUAAAAUCUCCCCCCACCUCAAGAUUUCAUGGAGAUAAAAUACCUUCACAUAUUCAAACUGAAACCAUUUUUGUUAAGAACAUCUGUUACUUGUAGCAUAAGCCCUGUUGUAUAAUUAAAGAGCAGGUAGGGCGUGUAUAUCAAGACCUCAAGAACAUGAUACAGUGUAUAUGCGCUUUGGACUUUGCAGGCAUCAACUUUUCUGACUUCAACUUUUGGGUAAUGUGAAUUAGGAAAUAAAGGUGUAUAUAUGAGUAAGUUGUGCACUUAGUGAUUCAGAUUUGUUUGUUAGCCAUUUGCUUGAUAUUAGGAAUGCUGAUCUGAAUAUUAAAACUUUAAGACCUAAAAAUGGUAAAAAAAAGAAAAAAAUGUCCACUCUGUCUUGUGCUCUGUAUAUCCUGGAGCAGUGAAGUCAUUUUGGAAUUGUAUCUUGUCAAUUGUAGAUCAAAAUUAGUGUAAUGGAAGAAUACAAAAUUACUGUUUAUAUUUCGCAGGGAAAUUAUGUUACAUGAUUUAAAAUACCUUGAAGAUCAGAAUACAACAGAGUAAAAUUCCAGCUUUCUGUUCAUUUUCAUUUACAAUGCAGUUUGCUGGCCAAGACUGUAAUAUAGCCAUGUUUCAGGCAAAUGAUUCCAAGGAGAGAUAAGUACCUUUAGGGUAUGCUUGUGUGUAUUAUAUACUAUGAAUAAUGAAAUUACGAUGAUUUGAUAUUAUCUAUCAGUAAGAAUAUAAGAUGUGAAUGAUUAUGGAAAUGUAGCCUGUAGUUUGUGAUUACCACAAAUAUCUCCAGUGAAUAUUUCUCUGGGUGAGGGGUAUACAGUUCAUGGCAUUAUGGGAGGUUGAUUGUUCACAAUGAAAUAAACAUUUGUCACUUCAUUA